GGGGCGGAGCCCAGGCCUAAAGCUGUGGAGGCUUUGGGCCUAGCCUAGGGACCAUGCAGCGGGAUGUGGGCAGCUUUCCUCUAGCUCCUGGCCUCAGGGCUAAGCUCAUCGGAGCCGGGUUCCAGACGGCCCAGGAGCUGCUGGAGAUCGGGCCCUGCGAGCUCAGCAAAGAAAUUGGAAUCUCUAAAGAGGAGGCACUAGAAACAUUGCAAAUUGUAAGAAGAGAAUGUAACAGUAAUGCAACAAAGACUGCUGGUGAUCCAGAAGCUGUUGGGAAGUGCACAGCAUUAGAACUCUUGGCACAAGAACAGGCACAAGGCUUCAUCAUCACCUUCUGUUCAGCUCUAGAUGAUAUUCUGGGAGGCGGUGUGCAACUGACAAAAAUCACAGAGAUUUGUGGAGCACCAGGUGUUGGGAAAACCCAGUUAUGUAUGCAGCUGGCAGUAGAUGUGCAGAUUCCAGAAUGUUUUGGGGGCCUUGCUGGAGAAGCAGUUUUCAUUGAUACAGAGGGAAGCUUUAUGGUAGACAGAGUGGUAGACAUUGCAACUGCCUGUGUUCAGCACUGCCAGCUUAUUGCUGAAACACAUCAGGAAGAAGACUUUCAAAAAUCCCUGGAGACUUUCUCCUUUGAAAGUAUUCUUUCUCAUAUCUAUUACUUCCGUUGUCAUGACUACACAGAGCUGCUAGCACAGAUCUACCUCCUCCCAGACUUCCUUUCAGAGCAUUCAAAGGUCCGAUUGGUUAUUGUGGAUGGAAUUGCCUUUCCUUUUCGCCAUGACUUUGAGGACCUCUCACUGCGAACGCGGCUUCUGAAUGGCUUAGCACAACAGUUGAUCAGCAUAGCAAAUGCUCAUAAAUUAGCUGUAGUUUUGACAAAUCAAAUGACAACAAGGAUUGGACAAAGUCAGUCCAUGUUGGUACCUGCUUUAGGGGAAAGCUGGGGACAUGCUGCUACCAUCCGUUUAAUCUUCCACUGGGACAACAAACAGAGGUUGGCAACAUUGUACAAAUCACCGAGUCAGAAGGAGUCGACCGUACCUUUCCAUAUUACACCUCAUGGCUUCCGGGAUGUGCAUCCUCCACCUCCAAGUCAGACCCCAGCAGAAGUUGAAAUUAACCCUCGAAAACGGCCACGGAUAGAAGGGGACAAACAGUGAUACAAAGGAUGACCUUCAACAAAGGUGUGAGAUUGAGUACAUUUCCAUGACCUAGAGAAGAAUUCUGUGUAAGCUUGAAAGUUUGUCUCACUCACCAACUGAAGCUGGUCCAAUACAAGAUAUUACCUCACCCACCUUGUCUCUCUAAACUCCUAGGUGAGUCAUUUCAUCCCCAUUUUCAGAUGGGAAAGUUGAGAGGUAGAAAGAUUAAAUUGUCUAAGUCACACAGUUUAACUAGCAUUGCUGGGAAUAGAACUCAAGCCUCCUGACAUCCAAUCUGUUCCUCUAAUCAUUAAAUACGCUCCCUCUGAUUUUAUAAGAAUAUGUAUUUACACUAAUAUGUAUUUUUAUAUUGUUUUGUUGCCUAAAUAUCAAGGGAGACCUGUUUGGUGUAGAAGUGUUCAGAACAUUAGCUUUAUGAAAGAAAAUAUAGCUUCUGGUGUCAACCAGAUUAAUUUUUUUCAGAAAGUGCAUAUUACAUAAAGAUAGCUUAAAGGAAUACAUUUUUGUUUUUAUAAUUGAUGGAUUUUUGCACUGUUUAGAAGGUGUCAGAUAUAAUAAUUUAGUGGCUAACAAAUCAGAACACCCCCUUAAGGCAAGGUGGUCUUGUGAGUAGCUUCCACGGUUUUGUUUUUGUUUGGGGGCGGGGGGAGAGUGUUUCUGGAGUAAACCACACUGGUGUAUGACUUACACUGGGACAGUUACACUGUUGUAGCUACACUAGUGAAAAUACCUGGUAUAGUCUAGCCCUAGAGAGAAGGAUCUAAUGGCUGAGAUAAAACUAGAUGUAGUGGGCCUGAUUCAAUACUCCUCUGCAUCAGAAACUCUGCUGGAGCCCAUUGAGCUACUCCAGAUAUACACUUGUGUAAGUGAGAAAAAUGUGCCCAUUGUUUCACCAAUGAACUCUCUGUUUAUGUUUUUUUGAGUGUGUGGCUGGAAUCCUUUGUUGCACUUUGUAUAUUACUUCAAAGCAGCAUAGUGACAAGAGAAUUUUAUGAUUGCAUAAAUUAAGAUACUAACCAGCCAAGUUUGCAGCAUUGAAUAAAACAAAUAGCUUGUUUGGUUUGUUGCUUGAAUGCCCGUCAUCUCUAAAUGCAGGAACUGUAAAGACAGAGCUGAGCUCACUACCACAUUAAACUUGCCUAUGGUGGGAGGAGCUAUUGUGUUACCACAACAAAAUUCCAAUCUCUAUCUCAGGGUUUGGCGAUAAGAAAACAUGGUGACUGUGAUGUGCCUCACCUAGCAGCAGAAUGCUGCUUUGAGAUGCUUUAGUCUAGGAAGAGAAAAUCAACAAUUUAUUUCCUCCUGACUCUAAGUGUUCUCUGUUUUGAAAACAGCUUUUUUCAUUAAGAAUCAUUGGGAAACCAGUUAGCUUCCAAGAAGAAUAAACUUAAAAUGCAUAGGUGUGGAAUAGCUUUGACUAGAUGUGGUGUCAGGAUUCAAGUUAUGAGACCAAAGUGCCUCCAUUUAAGUCAAUGGCAAAACUUCUGGCCCUGCUGAGGUCAAAAUUUGGAAUAAAGUGCCAAAGUGGGGGGGGGGGGGGAAAUCUAAAAUGUGAAACCAGUUCACUUAUUGGUGAAUCUAAAGUAUAUUUUUCUUUGGCAGUGAAUACUGAAAGCUGGUUAUGGUUGGAAAGCUUUAUAAAAAGUUUGCAGCAUGCCCUGCAGGUGAUCAGACUCUGGAUGCUCAUUCCUCAGCUGAAUCCUCUUACCCCAAAAUGUCUUUUUGUCUGUCUCUCAUGCUAUAAGAAAGUGUUGAUGCUGCUGGAAAGUGGGUUCUGCUGUGCUGACUCACUGAAUCAAGUAUCUUAUUGCCCAAAACAGCUAUGAGGAAAGUGGGAGUGGUGCUGUAAAAACAGAUUAUCUAGGGUUAGGGCUGACCAGUCAAAACAGAGGAACCCAAUAGGCAGCUAAGCCUGGGGAGAAGGUUUGAGCUGAACUUUCUCUUUUAGGUGAUCUCUUUGUUAAAGUCAUUCUGGGGGAGAGGUUCAAGUUUUUUACUCUAAACAGCAUGUGGACAUUUAGUGAGAGAGGUGCUGGAAAAAAAGUCAGAUGAGAUAAGUCAUUUAUAAUAGUGGUUAGUUGACUAGUUAACUUUUGUCACUAUCAGCAUUUACAAAAUUAAUGUACUUUUUUAGGACUAGGUUUAAAAUGAGAUUGGAAAACAUUUAACUGAUAGAUCAUCCAUGGCAAAAUCCUUUCCUCCCAAGCCCAGCUUUUUUUAUUUGGUAUGAAAUGUGUAAACUGGAAUGAGAAAUAACUGAGACCAGGGUUUUAGCAGACUGUUUAUACUAUGUUCAGGAUCAUAAUUAGGUAAAAAGACACAUUAAACAGUAUUAUUCUGCCUUAAUUUACAGUGAUUAUAUUUGUAACUUAUUUUAUGAGGUAAUGAGGGUUGGAAUGAUUGUUUUUCCUAAGGCAGUGGGGCUUGAGUGAAUUUUACCCAUAAAUAUAUUCACUAUUAAGCAUCAAACUACAAACUUGUCUUCUGCAAGCAAGAAAUAUUUGUUAAUAACAUUUGUGCUACUGUAAUAUUAUAGAAACAGUUUCUACACAGUCAUGUAGAAAUUAUACAAAUAGUGAUCAGUGCUAAGAGCAAGAGAUGAAAAUUACUGUACAAGGAGUAGAAAUGUAUCAUGCUGGAAAGAUUACUGUAUUUUCAACAGGACAAUAUAUUAUGUCUUACCUGAGGGCAUUGUUUUCCAAGCAAUAUUUUAUAGCUGAUUCUUGCCUGCUGUUCAUUUUAUUAAGGCCCAGUUUCUGUGUUCAGUGAAGUCAGUGGGAGUUUUGCCAUUGACUUCCAUUAAUUAGUGUCAGAUUACAGAAAUCGCAUAUUUUGGUUUCAACCAAUCAGAAAGCAAGUACAUGUUUAAAAAAGUUUUAAUAUAGUUCAUAUUAGAAAGAAAGGAAACUAUGCAGAGGUGAUGAAGUGGCUCUUAGUAGGUCUUUGCACUUCUCAUGCAGCUUCUUUGCAGCUAUGUGGGUGAAAUUCUAAUUUAGUAUGGUAUCUCACAUUGGUUGAUUUGGGGGUUUAAAAUUAAUCACUGGAAUUACAGCAGCAAAGUACAAAAUACAUUUGAUCAGCAUUUCGCAAAAUUUAAAAAAAAUCUUUCUUGAUAAAAGAACAAGUUGGUUUUUUACAUGCAAAUUGUGCCUCGUAUAAAAUAUUGCAUGUGAAUAUAAGAUAAGUUAGUUACACCCUUUACACCACCACAGGCCUCAUCUUACAUUUGCCUGGUAGAAGAUUUAGAACACAUUACACAGCAGAUUGUAUUAACCUCUCCAACAGUCACUCAUUUUAUACAUUUCUGUAUUUAAAGAUAUGCUGCUAUGUAGAGAGGUACCUACUGAGAUCUUCAAAAGCAUCUUGGCACCUCACUCCCACUGAAAUUACUCUUGAAAAUCCCACCAGGUACCUAUCUGCAUCUUUAGGUGCCUAAACACCUUUAACAAUCUAGCCCUUAACCUCUCUCUUACCUGAGGAGGAAAUUGGAUCUGCUGCACUGGGGUGAAUUUCAGGCUUAGUGAUUAAAAUAUCACUGCUUUAUCUCAAAUGAUAGGUGCUAUAGAAAUGAAAAGUAUGAAGGCAGGGCCUAGUACAGCAAUGCUGUCAGUAAGCCUUGUUGUUUGCUGAUACCCCACAACUCUGCUCCACUCCUCACCAUUUAGUAGGGGGGAGAAUACUCAUACAUACUCUUAAGAGUGACUGAUUAGUGAAGUGGAUCAGUCUGAGAGAAAACUUACUGGAUUCUAGUAUACUCCUGUGUGCUGUAUGAUCGCAUUCCUUGACAGCAUCCAGCACACACAAUCAUGGCAUGGUCAUGAGUGUUUCCAAGAGACAGAAACCAUCCCUUUGGCACUUAUCUGCAACCACAUUUCAAUCACACAUGAUUUUCCGGCACAACAUCUUUGCCUUUGCUUAAAAGGAAACAAACACAACAUGUUUGUCUCUGCUACUACAGUAUUUCUUGUUCUGUUUGCAGCUAGUUUCCAGGGGUAGACCUCUUGAGGUGCUGCUUUUCAUUCAUUCUCCCUCCUGUGUAUCUCUCUAAUAAUUUUUCAAAUCUAAGUAUUGCUAUGUCUGCACUUAAAAUGUAACAGCGGCAUAGCUACAGCUGCACUGCUGUAGCACCUCAGCAUAGCCACUCAUUACAGCAAGGGGAGGAAUUCUCCCAUUGCCCUAGUUAAUUCACCUCCCUGAGAGGCAGUACCUACAUUGAUAGAAGGGCUCUUCUAUUAACCUAGUGCCAUCUACAGUGAGGGUUAGGUCUUCCUAACUACGUUGCUCAUGAGUGUGGAUUUUUCACACCCCUAAGCAACAUAGCUGUGUCAAUUUAACUUUUGAGCAUAAACCUGGCCUCAGUAACACAUGGACUUUUUUCCACUUCUGCUAUUCAAACAAUGAGCUGAAUGUUUUGAGUAAUGCCUCUAAAAGAUGAGAAGGAAUGGUAGGAUCAUGUCAAAAUAAUUUGUUUAUAGGCUUUUCUGUGAUGACACACUAUUGGAGCACAUCACAAUAAAUAUAUUGAAACACCUCCAAAUAUUUCUUGAUGUUCCCAAGUAUAUUCUACAUGCCAAUGUACUAAAGUUUCUUUCAUGGUUAAAAAGAAGCAUUUCAUCAUGCUCUUCCAUACAAUUCAGGUCACCUCCCCAAGGCCUGCUCAAAUCCUGCUAUACUGUUCACUUGUACUUCUGCUUUUUAUUCAGGAAAUCAGUUGGGGAUUUGACCAUGAGAUUAGGAUGUAGGUAGUAUUAAAAAAUGUUACUUAUGACAUGAAAUUUCAUUCUUGUUUUCCUGCUUUGAACAUUUGGCUGCAAAUGUGUUGAUAAAUAUGCCACACACCUCAUUAACUCUUUAAGUAGGAAUGAUAAGUAUCAGAUUGUAAAUGUCAGUUUUACUAACACCAUUUUCCACAUAGGCCAUAAAGAAAACUAAUGUGUUAUGUAAAGGAGGCCCUGAGGGCUAGAUAGCAUCUCUUCAGGAAGAUAUUAAAAGAAGUUUUUCAUAGGUGCACUUUAAAGGUAACCGAGAGAGGAAAAAAGUGCACCAUAUAUUUAUUGCUUCUAUAUGUUGAGUAAAGAAAGCUUGAAAAGUGGAGGAUUGGGGGUAGGCUGUAUGUUUUUCUUUCUGUAUAGCUUUUUAUAUUUGCA